AUGGAACGCGUCGCUAACUCUCAGAAUAAUAACCAUAUUGAUGGUUCGCAAGCUAUACAGGAUGCCCCGAAGUAUGCAAUAGUCCAGACUGGGGCUCUCGUGCCGUGCCCAGCGGAACACGUCCAAGUCAGCAUUUUCUCCUAUACCUGGAGGGACUUUAAGCUCGAUUCCCCAGUUACAGAGAGAAAGCACACUAUGUGCACACAACACGCACAAUUGGUUGGCAAAGCGUUUGUGCAACUCGAUACCUGCUUUAAAUUCAACGAUAGAAAUAUCAUGCCGCAAGAGGAUAUGAAUAUUUUGCAGUAUUCGUGGUACCAAAGAGCAGCGGUGUGCUUGGUGUAUCUCCAGGAUGUCACAUACGACAAAGACACAGAUGACCAUGAUGCGGUGCUAGAACGACUUGGAAGAGCUCGGUGGCUCACAGAGCCCUGGGCCUUGCAGGAACUUAUAUUGCGCCAGCUUUCGGAGUGGACUGGGAUCAAGCAAUACUUUCUCAGCAAUCCUGCCAACGUAAGGCAUGCUUGUAUAGCUAAGCGUAUGUCCUGGGCAGCCACUCGAAACUAUGAUUCGGGUAACGCGGUAUACAGCUUAAGGGAAAUAUUCAAUGUGAGUCUGACUCCGAAACGGGAUGAGCUGCCAUGCGCUGCUUUUCGCCGGUUGCAAAUGAAGCUGAUACAGAAGUAUCCCCAUGAUCUUUCGAUAUUUGCGUGGAAAGUCUGUGAUGAGACUGUGUCUCCCAGUCGCCACACAUUAUUCGCCAAUUCACCUAAGGAGUUUGCCUCUUGCUCCAAGCUUCAACUCAAUACACCCCCGUGGCCAGUGCAACUAGUUUCUGGCGAUGAUGAGAAAGUGGUCCUCAAUCUACCUCUCCACAAUGAGGGGCGUGAUUAUUAUUUGCUAUCUGUGAACUCUCAUGAAUUGGGCACGCAUAGUACUAUUGCCAUCAUGGUCAAAUGGAUACGAGAAAUGUCGUGCUUUAUACGGGUUGAUCUUUGCAAUACUUAUACCUGGUCACAAGAGAUGAAAAUUGGACGAAUUUGUGUCGAAGCAUCCGGGCAGGUGAAGUAUGAACCUACUGUCUGA